UCAAAAUCUGCAGUUUAUUGUGUUUGUGUUGUUCAAAAUUUGCCCGUUCUUUUUCUUCUUUUUGCUGUAGAAGUUCAAAUUUUUCAUUGAAAUUCGCCUACCCAGAAACGAAACAUGAGUGUUCUUGAUCACCCUGAUGACAUCGAGACCCCAAACAUUCAGGUCUGGAACAAUGCUGCAUUUGACAAAGGAGAAUCCGGUGUUGGAACACUUUCUUGGUCGAUUAUGCAAGAUUUGUACAAGAAUCCCUGUUCCGAAUCGUUCCAGAUUGAUUGCGGUAAAGAGAAUUUAUGCCCUGCUUCUGUCAAGUACUCUGUUUCUGUGGAUCCGCUCAAUAACAAUGGCGCCAUUGAAAAGUCACAAGGAAAGCCAUUUAAAACGCCCGCCAAAAGCUAUGGAAUCAAGGGAAAGGAGGAGGGGGAGGUAAUUUGUAAGGAGAGAAAUAUCGAUGAAGAAAUCGAGGAAACAGAGAGGGAAAUCAAUCGAUUAUCGAUGAGACUUAAAGCGCUACAAAUUGAGAAGGCUGAGCAGAACGCUGCAAGAACAACAAUCCAGAGUGGUGGAAGAUUCGUGCCCAUCAAAUCAAUUGUGCCGAAAAUGGGUAUCCAAAAUUCAGAUGGGGUUAAAAUGUUUGAAGACGCUUCAGUUGAACGGAAAAUUGGUCUCAGAGGGAAAAGUUUGGGGCCGUCGGAAAUCUACGCCGGCGUUGGGUUUCGGCGGCAGGGAAAGACGGAACUAACACCAAUUCAGCAGAUGAAAAGCCGUCGACAAUCCUGCCUUCCGAAAUUGCCAGAUAUUGACGAAGCUAAGACGAAGAACAGAGGAAGAAACGGUAUGAGCCUUAGCCCCAAAUCGCGGAGGACAUUGAUCAAGGCGCAAACUGUGCGGCAGCCAGCCACCACCAUCGUAUCCAAAAGGCCGGCGAAAAAAGAUGGGGUUGGGGUUGUCGAAUUAAUCCAGCCAAAGAAGCUCUUUAAAGACGUUGAAAAAUCAGCCCCACCCACCAGCACCAAAAAGCCAUUGAGGACUGGUAGGAUUGUAGCGAGCCGUUACAAUCAGACAAGCGAAAGCGCCCAAGUAGCCACAGAGAAUCGCAAGACAUCUCUGCCGGGGAAUUGCAAAGAUGACGGAAGCAGUCGUUCUUCAUCAGAGCUAUGCCGGAGCAAGGCGCCGCAAAGCAGAGUGAAGAAGCGGUGGGAAAUUCCAAGUGAAAUAAUGAUACUCCAACAAGAAAUGGAAGAGGGAUGCUGCGGAUCUCCAGUUUCCAAGCUGGGCGAUAUGCUUCCAAGGAUCAGAACGACUCGUUGUUCGAACACAACUCCAAGGGACUCUGGACCGGCCAAGAGGGUGGCUGAAUUAAUUGAGAGUAACACAAAUUUCUUUGCUGAUACGGAGAUGGAAGCAUCGAUUUGUCAGAAGUUAAAUUUUGCAGAGGAUGAAGAGAUAAGCGAGUUUGGUGGGCUAUAAACUGGUGGAUCUGUUGUUAUUGUAUAACCAGAUGAAGCAUAUAAAGGGAUCAAGCUUUCGUUUUCAAUAA